AUGGCAGAGUCCAUCUCUGAAGGUACCCUGAAGCAAUUCUCGAAACAGGUCGGCGACUACGUUGAGCAAGACGAGGAGAUCGCCACCAUCGAGACCGACAAGAUCGAUGUCGCCGUCAACGCGCCCGCCGCCGGUACCAUCAAGGAAUUUCUUGCGAAAGAGGAGGACACUGUCACUGUUGGUCAAGAUCUCGUGAAGCUCGAGCUGGGCGGAGAGCCUGGACAGAAGAAGGAGACUGCGAAGGAGGAGCCAAAGGCGCCUGCGCCAGAGUCUCAGCCAAGUGCUUCAGAAAAGUCGGGCGAGCGAGAGAGCAAGCCGGAGCCAAAGAAGGAGGAAUCCACGCCAGAGCCGUCCAAGCAGGAAUCAAAGCCGGAACCACCCAAGCAAGAGUCGAAGCCACAGGCGUCUAAGGAAGAGUCGAAACCAAAAGAAUCAGAGUCGAAGCAGGAAUCCCCGUACGGCAGCCGCGAGGAGCGUAGGAUCAAGAUGAACCGCAUGCGCCUCAGGAUCGCCGAGCGUUUGAAGCAGUCGCAGAACACCGCCGCAUCACUUACCACCUUCAACGAGGUCGACAUGUCUGCGUUGAUGGAGAUGCGCAAGCUCUACAAGGAUGAGAUCCUCAAGAAGACGGGUGUGAAGUUCGGCUUCAUGAGCGCAUUCUCGAGAGCUGCUGUCCUGGCCAUGAAAGAGGUGCCGACCGUCAACGCUAGCAUUGAGGGACCGGGAGGCGGUGACACUAUCGUCUACCGCGACUACGUGGACAUCAGUGUGGCUGUUGCGACGGAGAAGGGUCUCGUGACUCCAGUCGUUCGCAAUGCCGAGAGCCUGGACAUGGUUGGAAUCGAGAAAUCGAUUGCGGAUCUUGGAAAGAAGGUGAGAUGUGCUUAACGUCCUCUCGAGUUUUCCACGUAUACUGACAUGCGCAGGCCCGCGACAACAAGCUCACCAUCGAAGACAUGGCUGGCGGAACCUUCACCAUCUCCAACGGCGGUGUCUUCGGCUCUCUCAUGGGUACUCCCAUCAUCAACCUGCCUCAGACCGCAGUCUUGGGCCUGCACGCUAUCAAGGGUACGUCUUUUCAUCCCUCCCGCCUCCCAAUCGUCGAGUGACUAACCCAUGACUACAGAUAAACCCGUCGCCGUCAACGGCAAAGUCGAAAUCCGCCCAAUGAUGUACCUCGCCCUUACCUACGACCACAGAUUACUCGACGGCAGAGAAGCUGUGACCUUUUUGGUCAAGAUAAAGGAAUACAUCGAAGACCCGAGGAAGAUGUUGCUUUUCUGA